AUGGGUGAUGCAUCAUCUCCUCCACAGGCACCACGCCAUGUGUGCUCACAGGAGACCCCGGCCAUGUCCCUUGUCCCAUUGCGGAUCAUUACGCACAACAUCCGCUUUGCAAACACCAGUCCGGAGACACAUGAAUGCUUAUGGGAGGAUCGAUUUCCGCACCUAUCGAGCCACUUCAAGUACCACACGCGUCCACACUUUGCUCCGCAGUCAACAUUGGUUUGCAUGCAAGAAGUUCUCCAUCGACAGAUGCAAGAUCUGAUCAAACAUACAUUCAACACCGCCCGUUCCAAGGCCGUAUCCACCCCAGGUCCCAACCAGGAGGUCGUCCCCACGGAUGACAACGAUUGGACGUUUGUCGGCGUCGGCCGCAAUGACGGCAAGACUAAAGGCGAGUAUAGCCCUAUCUUCUUCCGUAAAUCAGCGUGGAGACUUUUGCAUUUCGAAACGGUGUGGUUGAAUGAGACCGGAGAGGUGGGCAAAAAGGGAUGGGACGCCUCGAGCAUCCGGAUCUUGACUUGUGCUGUUCUGGAGUCGUCCCUCUCGUCCGCUGCCUCUAGCAUCCAACAGACCUCCUCAACAUCAGAGAACAACAGAAUCAUCCUUGCCCUUAAUACUCACCUCGACGAUCAAGGUGCAGUAUCGCGCCGGGAGGCUACCAAGCUGAUCAUGAAAGUGGCCUCGCGACUGAAGUCGAAAUACUCGCCGCAGUUUACAUUUCUGGCUGGAGACCUAAACAGCCAUCCAAGCGAUGAUGCGUAUCAGCUCCUCAAUGCACCUGGAUCGAACUUUGUGGAUGCACGUCGCUUGGUGCCUGAUGAUAAAAAUGUAGAAGGGAAGCUAUAUGCGUACGGCAAUGAGCUUACGUUCACCGGUUUUGCGGGUGAUGUGGGAGCGGGAGGUAGGCACAGAAUUGAUUUCAUCCACCUAGAGGUUUCAGGAGGGCCGAGCAACGAGGCGGAACUGGAAAAACUGAAGGAGAUGGUCCAGGUCUAUGGAGUCCUCCCAAGCCGGUUCGAUGACCAUGUGUGGAUGAGCGACCAUCGUGCGGUUGUUGUGGAUCUGCUGGUUACUUUGGGGAGUCACUGA